UUGAUUGCUUUUAAAGUAUACCUCGACUAAACUUCGUAUUAAAAAAAAUAAAAUAAAUUUCUGUACCACAAAAAGUACCGCUACAAGCUACAGUGUUGAGAAAUAUGCACAGCACUUGAAAAUUUUGAGUGGUAAGCUUUGCGUGGCCACGAAUGCGAAAAUAGAAAUCAAGGCAAAUUUUUUUAACUAAAACUUUCUUUUUUGCUGAUUAACAAGAUGAGAAAGAAUGUUUGAAGUAAGUUUACAAAAAUGGCUGGACAUUGCUAGUAGUGAUAUCACACGAUAUCUGUUUAAGGUGCAGCGGCUUGGUGGUUAUACGUUUAAUCAAACCGCUGCCUUUGAAACUGCACAAUGAAAGAGAAACUUUCCAAUAUCAUCUAUGACAUCGAGAUGGAACAGUUGUGUGAUAAAGGUUUUGAUGUGCUAAUCCCAUCGCAUUUAACAAACGUUGAAGGACAAGACAUCGCUGGGUCAGUGUUUAACACCAUACAAACGGGCGAUAUCGAUAUACUUGUAUGACUGGAAUUGUACAAGCAUAUCGUGCGCGUGUGGAUGUUAUUGAAAAUGAAAAAAUGUUACAGAAAAAAAUUUAAAAAUAUUCUAUUUUGCACAAAUUUAAAAAUCAUCACGAAGAUCCGC